AUGGAUAUCGACCUACAUGUCCUAGCCAAGGUGUUCGGGUUGACAUCGGCGGGAGUUUUCGCUGGCAUGGUUUCUCCUUCCCAGAUCUCACGGCCUCUGUGCGCAAUGAACGCCUUGUCGUUUGGGUACCUGGCACAUCGCGGUCUGGAAUCCUCUCACCUGAGCUCUGCUGAGGAUAUUCAAUACUUACAAUCUCUUACUGACUUGAUACCAGCUUUGCCUGCAUCACUGGUGCGGUUCCUGUACAUCGCUGCAGCCGUCUCCACCGCCUCGGGCGUACCGUAUGCGCUGACAUUUUUGCGCCGAACAAAUGGUGCUCUGUCAAUUCGGUCGGAAAAACUGGCUGGGCCAGGUAAUGGAGUUAUGGCGUUGACUUAUGCAUUCAAUGAGAAACGCAGCAUUGAUCGGGAGAAGAAGAUGAGCACGGUGGAGUUGGUAAGGCGGUGGCAGUGGCAUAAUUCCAUUCGGACGGUGGUGUUGGUGGUUGGUACGAUUUUGGGCGCAAUGGCUGUUGCGAUGGAUUGA